AAGAAGGAUGAAGGUUUGGCCCAUUAAUUUGUUCCUUCUCUCUGAAGGAGAACUUCUGUUUUUCUUCUCUAAAAAACAGUCUGCUUUUGAAAUUGUCUGAAGCCUUAGCGAAGGAAUGAUCCAUAUCAACAGUAAACUUUGGGAAUAAAGAACUCCGUUCCAGGCAUGGGCUUUCAAGAAAGGAGACUGGUACUUAAGUCUUGAUUUUAAUUCUAGCUGGAGUAGCCAUGAAGAGGUCUAUCUGUGAACUCCAUAUACCAGAAUUGUGAGGUCACCAAUUUGCAGAUGGGAUGAUGCAUGAUUUGUAUAACUCCACUGAGUUUCUGAUCUGACUAUCACCAUUGGUCUACUCAUGGCCCUCAAUGAUUCUACUGUUACAGAGUUUAUCUUCUUGGGUCAUUCCAAUUCUCGGCCGAUCCAGCUUCUUCUCUUUGUAUUAGUCUUGGCUGCUUAUACAAUAUGUCUGGUGGGCAACCUCCUUAUUGCAGUGACAGUGCAGGGAGAACCCCACCUCUCUCAGUCACCCAUGUACUUCUUCUUGGCCAACUUGUCUCUCUUUGAUAUUACUUUGGGCUCACUGGCUACACCCAAGCUUUUAACAGAUUUAGUGAGCUACAGCAGGACCAUCAGCUUUAUGGGUUGUAUGAUCCAGAUCUUCUUUAUCCACUUAAUAGGGGGCUCUGAGAUGCUCCUUGUAACCCUCAUGGCUUACGAUCGUUACAUGGCCAUCUGCCACCCUUUGACCUACAUGACCAGGAUGAACCGUCCACGUUGCAUCAGACUUCUUGCCUCCUGUUGGGCUGGAGGCCUCAUUCACACUACCAUCCAAAUGUUUUUGCUUCUCCAGCUCCCGUUCUGUGGACCAAACACUCUGGACAAUUUUCAUUGUGACCUCCCACAGGUGAUUAAGCUGGCUUGUGUAGACACUUAUGUCACUGAGCUGCUGGUUGUGGCCAACAGUGGCCUACUUUCCCUUGUAUGCUUCCUUGCCUUGCUUGCUUCCUACAGUAUCAUUGUCAGCAGCCUUCGAGGUCACUUCAAGGAGAGUGGAGGCAAAGCCCUGGCUACCUGCAGCUCCCACCUCAUUGUGGUCUUCAUCAGCUUUGUGCCUUGCAUCUUUGUUUAUUUAGUGCCUUUCUCCAGGUCUCACACAGACAAGGUGGCUUCUGUGUUCUACACCCUAAUUGUACCUUCUGUCAACCCACUCAUAUACACCUUGAGGAACCGAGACAUGAGUAAUGCAAUGAGGAAGUUAAAGAAGAGGUGCCCUUUUUUACCUUCUUCUGGGAACAUGGAACAAGUAUGAGUUGUUUUGGUCCCCUCAGUUGUGAAACAAAUUCCAUUUGCCUGUUAUUUUCUUCUCUGGUUCCCAUUCAUGUAGGUGACAGUUGAACCUGAUCUUCAAGUCAGUACUGAAUUCAUGGCUGGGCAGACAACAUACGGAGACAUUCUUUGGACAAAAGAAAUAAUGGCCAUUGUAGUAUAAUGUAGAAAAUACACUGUUAACCUGGAAAAUGUUAUUCAUACAAGUGUUUUCAUCAUUUCUUUCUAGACAGGUUGGACGUUUUCCUCUAUUAUUGAACGUUCUCCUGUAUUGGAUCCUGUUAUUUCUUAACUGGAAAAAAGAAUAGGUUGGCAAGGUUUGGUAAAUGGAAUAACCCAUGUGAUUUGUGUUGUCGGAAGGACUCACAUAAGCCAAGUUCAAUUUCAGUUCAGCUCUAUACAGGAAUUUUAAUUAAAAUACAACUGACAAAUGGCAAUCCUGUCUCUACUUGGAUUGUGAGCUGUCCACAGUUGUCUGCUCGGAUGGGCAGCUAUAGAAAUAAAACAAAGAAACAGAUACUUGUAGACAUGCAGUGAAGGAGAGUUCAGCAUCUUUUUUGGAAAAUGCUUUCUUUACCAAUUGUUUGGACUGUUAGGGAGUUUUUCAUAAGUUUGACUAGGAAAAAAAUCUUAUAUUUCUGUAUUGAUUCUUUAAGAAUAAAAUUUAUCUACUUUG